UUACACCAUGUGUUACACCACUAUGAAGGAAUUCAUAGUUCCAGUGUUAGGCAUCACUAUGCAAAAAGGAGUACAGAUGAGGUCGAAAUUGGAGUCAGGAGGAUGUCAUUACAAAUGCUUGGCAGAGAAUUCAACAUGGAGCUGACCAAGCGACAGGGUCUUUUUACCUCUGACUUUUCAGUGUAUGCAGUAGGGCAAGAUGGUGUGGAGAGGCCUCAUUCUGUAGAUUUAGACUCAUAUUAUAUGGGUUAUCUGGAAGAUGAUCCUGAUAGUGUGGUGAAAAUGCACUUAGAAGGAGAUGACAUCACAGCUAGAAUUUACACAAGAGAGGAGCAAUAUACAAUUGAGCCAUCUUGGAGACACAUAAAAGAACCACACAACUUUAGCAUGAUAGCAUACCGCAGCUCAGAUAUCAAACAAAAUACAACGUCUUCAUUUUGUCCACAUGGACAUCACUUGCCAGAAGGCAUCAAGUACAAAAAGACAGAAGAACAACUCAAUGGACACAACUCAGCGCAUAAAUAUAAGUCAUCAUCGUCAUCAUCACACUCUCGUCAGAAGAGAGCGCCCCCUCGUUAUCACGUCUGUCCAAUGCUUCUGACGGCCGAUUACAGAUUCUAUCAAUCCAUGGGACAGAGUAACAUGCAAAUAUCAAUGAAUUAUCUGGUAAGUCUUGUUGAUAGAGUUGACGUCCUCUACAAGGCAACUGAAUGGGAACCAGGGUAUUCGGGCUUCCAGUUCCAAAUCAAAAAGAUUGUCAUCCAUCAACAUCCUUCGCCGUCCUCGUCAGAUAACUACAAUGUUGAACGAGAGAGCAAGCCAUGGGGAGUACAGGAACUCUUGGAGGUUUACAGUAAGGAAGAUCACAGCGCCUUCUGCUUGGCUCAUCUAUUCACCUAUCAAGAUUUCUCCAACGGUGUACUUGGUCUUGCGUACAUAGGCACACCAAGAAGCAAUGCUGUAGGUGGCAUAUGUACUUCAGUGUAUUAUGCUGGCAAUGGCAAGCGACAAUACCUGAACACUGGUCUGACAACAACCGUCAAUUGGGGACGGCGUGUGUUGACAGAAGAGGCAGACUUAGUUACUGCACAUGAGUUGGGUCACAAUUUUGGCAGUGAGCAUGAUCCGGGUGAUGAGGGCGACGAAUGCGCCCCUGGUAACUCCCAGGGUGGCAACUUCCUCAUGUACCCUGCAUCCGUCACCGGUUCUUACGAAAACAACAGGAAAUUCUCCAUUUGUAGUAAGAGGCUUAUUGCACCAGUGCUGAGGGAGAAAUCUGCAAGAUGUUUUGUAGAGCCAUCUCAGACAUCACUGUGCGGGAAUUACCGUUUAGAACAAGGAGAACAGUGUGAUGUAGGCAUAGUAGAUAGCAACAACCCUGAUCCAUGUUGUACAGCUAACUGCAGGCUAAAACCAGGAAAAAUUUGCAGUGACAAGAACUCUGUAUGCUGUGAGAACUGCUAUUACGCCCCUGUGACGAAAGUGUGCAGUGAUGCCACGGAACAGAAUGCGUACUGCAAGGGCAAGUCUUACUGCACAUCAAGGGAUAUUCGAUGUCCUCUACCAAACGAUCUUAGAGAUGGAACCAGAUGCAUUGAUAAUGGUACAUGUAUUGGAGGUGAAUGUAGGGCAUUCUGUGAGGUCAAUGGUUUCAGGUCCUGUAUCUGCUCUUCAUUGGAUCUCUCUUGUUACUUCUGCUGUGUGUUUGAGCCAAACGGGGCAUGCUUGCCCUUCAAGGACCGCUACACUGAUCUGCCCGUACCCGUGCCAGAUGGUAAACCAUGCGAAGCGGGCAGCUGCAUACAGGGCCUUUGUGAGAGUCAGACGCAGGAUCUUAUUGCAAGAUUCUUUGAUGUCUUUGAAGGUUUCACUAUCAGCACAAUGGGUCGUAUCAUCAAAGACAAUGUUGUAGGAGCCACUCUGAUUAUUUCCCUUCUUAUAUGGAUUCCUUGCAGCUGUUUAGUACACUAUGUGGUGAGUUACUUUUUAUUCAAACAUUCAAUAUCACUUCCAUGAUUUAUGGAUAUAAUCAUUUGGAGGGGUCUGUGUUGUAGUUCCUGACCAAGGUUUGAUAUUAUACUAAAUGAUAAUGAUGGUACUCUCCACUUUUCAGUUGCUUUUCACUGUUUUAGGAAUAUCAAGAUUUUUAAAUCCCAAAUUUUUUGUGGUAUUUUCCUUUAUUAAUUUGAUUUUUUUUUUAAUGGAGAAUUGAUACAGACUGCUUGUUUAAUCGUCCAUCUUUUUUUUUUCACUUUUGCGCAAGUCAAGAAUAAUGUUAGUCAUCUCUUAUUCAUAUUUUUAAUAGUCGCAUUUCAAAGAUUGAUAUCGAUAAAGACUAUGAAGAAACAAUCUUCAUUUAUUGGAAUACAUGUAUGUACUUUGGAUUCCCCCCCAGUAGGGUAUGCGCUUUAAGCCAGGGUGGACGGUCAGUCGUGUUGAAAAGUGAAGAUUAACAUCAUGUAGGCCUACAUAACCCAGCAGGUUGAGGGUAUUCGCCGGGCUCAGAUUGGGUUUAUUAAUCUUAUUUUGCAUUGAAACAAACAAUGUACAAAAAGUUUGAGUCUUACACGAAAGUGUAGAUGAUGAAGUUUUAUUAUUCGCAACAAAAUCAUCAACAUUAUGAAUAUAUAUUUCUCUACUUAGGCAACAAACCAUGUAUAUCUCCAAAAGUUGAUUGCUCAAAUAAUUAC